AUCAGGUGAAAUGGGUCUACGUUAUUUGGCAACACUAGCUUUCACGUGUCUGGUCUUGAACACGCAUUCACGACCACAGAGGAUGCGCAUAACCGGACCAGGUCCACAGGGAGCCUUCAAUAGUCUUAAAGUACCCGAAACAUGCAAAGAAACGCCGAGGAAUUCUUCGGGUGUUUUCUUGAUUCACCCGGACUCUGGAUUUGGAGAACCAUUCUUAGCACAAUGCGAUCACGAGUAUAAGUCUGGAGGAUGGAAUGUGAUCCAGAAUCGGUACGAUGGUUCGGUGAACUUCUAUAGAGAUUGGUGCAACUACAAGCAAGGUUUCGGACAUCUGGACCACGAGUUUUGGUUGGGUUUGGAUCGGAUCAACAGGCUAACUACUGCAAAAAAACAUGAGCUCCAUAUAGUGAUGACCAACCGAACAGAUACAUAUAUUGUGAAAUAUGCCAAAUUUGCUGUAGCAAGCGAGAGCGAGUUUUACAAACUUACUGUGGGUAGUUACAGUGGUCCGAAAGGAGCAGAUUCGUUGACAUACCAUAAUGGCCACAAGUUUACCGCUUUCGACCGUGACUACGAUGACUCCCCGGGUAAUUGCGCUGUUUCCGCUAAAGGAGCUUGGUGGUAUGCACUAUGCUAUAAAUCAAAUUUGAAUGGGAUGUAUAGCUUCACUUCUGGUGGAAUGGUAUGGAAGUUUAAUGAUAAGUUUUUCCGUAUGAAAACGACUAGAAUGUUAAUAAGAAGCGUGUAGUGCAAUGCUUUUUUUUGUAAUAAAUGCUCUAUUAAUAAAACUAAUUUCAAUAUUUUAAGAAAAUUA